AUGGCAACAACAGUAUCUUAUAAAAAUGAAGUUCACCCACUUUCCAGUAAUACUAGAGCACAUUCUGUGAAUCCACAAUCGAUUCCAAUGACAAAUGUUUCAUCUGGUUAUGUGCGUCAAUCAGCAAAUGAAGGUUUAGGUGUUUGUGGAUGGAUAUUAGUUAUUCUUUCAUAUAUUUUGGUCGCUAUUACAGUUCCAUUUUCUUUAUGUGUUUGCAUCAAGGUUGUUCAAGAAUAUGAACGUGCUGUUAUUCUUCGUCUUGGUCGUAUUCUACCAGGUGGUGCCAAAGGUCCUGGUUUAUUUUUUAUUUUACCAUGUGUUGAUACAAUCAUAAAAGUUGACUUGAGAACAGCAACAUUUAAUGUUCCACCUCAAGAAGUCUUAACACGUGAUUCUGUAACUGUUGCAGUUGAUGCUGUUGUUUAUAGUCGUGUUUAUAAUCCAGUCAUCAGUGUCACAAAUGUUAAAGAUACACAGUCUGCUACACAGUUACUUGCACAAACAACACUAAGAAAUAUUCUUGGUACAAAAACAUUGCAAGAAAUUCUUUGUGAGCGAGAAGUUAUUGCACAAAGUAUGCAGGGUCAUUUAGAUGAAGGAACGGAACCAUGGGGUGUGAAAGUUGAACGUGUUGAAAUUAAGGAUGUUCGUUUACCACAAUCGAUGCAACGAUCAAUGGCUGCAGAAGCUGAAGCAAGUCGUGAAGCACGUGCUAAAGUUAUUGCUGCUGAAGGUGAACAAAAAGCAUCAAGACAACUAAAAGAAGCUGCUGAUGUUAUUGCAGAAUCACCAAUUGCUUUACAAUUACGUUAUUUACAAACGUUAACAACAAUUUCAGCUGAGAAAAAUUCAACCAUUGUUUUUCCAAUACCGGUUGAAUUACUUAGCUUGAUAAAACGAUAA